UACUUCUUUUUGUGUCCAUCCAGAUUGAACUGACAAACGACGUCCAGUUUCUGUUACCAAUCAUGGUUGCUAUCAUGGUCGCAAAGUGGAUCGGUGAUUUCUUCACCCACCCUCAUUACCAUUCGUUACUAGAGUUGAAGUGUAUCCCAUUCUUACCGCCAGAACCACAAGUCGUCAUUGACAAGAAACUAAUUAAUCUCGAUCUUUUCAAAGUUUCCGAUGUCAUGUCUCAUCCUGUAAUUGUUGUAAAAGAACGAGAAUCAGUCGAUGUCCUUGCUAGACUUCUCCGUGAGACUCAGCAUGGAGGCUUUCCAAUUGUCAGGACCAAGGGUAACGUGGAUUCUUCAUUCUGUGGAAUCAUUACUCGGCAGGAACUCAAUGUGCUGAUGUUGCAGGAAGAAUUGUUUGAGAGUCCGGACGCGCAGAACGAGUUGUACGAUGUCACUUUAAUAGAAUACACCGAGUUACGUCCAGACAGAGCAGGCCAACCUGCUGGUCUGGAUGAGAAGCUUAAGGCUUAUGUAUCAAACCGACAAUAUACACAGCUUUUUGUGGACUUGGUAAGUAUGUGGAAGCAUGUUACUUAUCUUGUCAUAUAUAUAUGGACAGUUGUGUGUGUGUGUGUGUGUAUAUAUACAUAAUGCAAAAGAUACUAC